AUGUCUGGCCAUUACGACGAGGGUUACGACCAUCAAGGCCACGGUGAUGCCUAUUAUCAAGAUGAACAACAACAUGGAUACUAUGAUCAAAACGAGUACUCCAACUACGGCGAGGGCUAUUAUGACCAGAGUGGUUACUACGGGGAUCAAGCCGGUGGCUAUUAUGAAGGUGGCCACGACAACUACUACAAUGACCAGUACUACGAUCAAGGUCAUGGAGGAGCCGAAGAAUACGCCCACGCUGGCGAGCCUCGUGGUCGCGGAGGCUCCGAAGAGGACUCGGAGAGUUUCAGUGACUUUACCAUGAGAUCCGAAACCGCCCGAGCGGCUGACAUGGACUACUAUGGCCGUGGUGAUGAGCGUUACAAUAGUUAUAAUGAAAGCCAAAUGGGUGGUAAUGGCUAUGGAUAUCGACCACCAUCCUCGCAAGUUUCAUACGGAGGCAAUCGUUCAUCCGGUGCUUCAACUCCAGUUUACGGAAUGGAUUAUACAAACGCUCUGCCCGCUGGCCAACGAUCGCGCGAGCCGUACCCCGCUUGGACUUCCGACGCCCAGAUCCCACUGUCUAAGGAAGAAAUCGAGGAUAUCUUCAUCGAUUUAGUCAACAAGUUUGGUUUCCAAAGGGACAGUAUGCGGAACAUGUACGACCAUCUCAUGACUCUUCUCGACUCUCGUGCUUCGCGUAUGACACCCAACCAGGCUCUGCUUUCGCUUCAUGCCGACUACAUCGGCGGUGACAAUGCCAACUACCGUCGUUGGUACUUCGCGGCCCAUCUGGAUCUGGAUGACGCCGUCGGAUUUGCCAACAUGCAGUUGGGAAAGGCGAACCGUAGAACUCGCAAAGCUCGUAAAGCUGCGAAAAAGGCGGCCAGUGAAAACCCUGAAAACGAGCAGGAGACAUUGGAAGCAAUGGAAGGUGACAACAGCUUGGAGGCAGCAGAAUAUCGCUGGAAAACACGAAUGAACCGUAUGUCUCAACACGAGCGCUGUCGUCAAAUUGCCCUCUAUCUUCUUUGCUGGGGUGAAGCCAACCAAGUGCGCUUCACACCGGAGUGUCUUUGCUUCAUUUUCAAAUGUGCAGAUGAUUACUUGAACUCUCAAGCCUGUCAGAACCGUGUAGAACCUGUUGAGGAAGGCACCUACCUGAACAAUGUCAUCACACCCCUAUACAGUUACCUUCGUGAUCAAGGCUACGAGAUUUACGACGGGAAAUACGUUCGCCGAGAGCGUGAUCACGCCCAAAUUAUCGGCUACGAUGACGUGAAUCAACUGUUCUGGUAUCCCCAAGGAAUCGAGCGCAUCAUCCUUGAAGACAAGACUCGCCUCGUCGACAUCCCCACUGAAGAGCGAUGGGAGAAAUUGAAGGAUGUUAAUUGGAAAAAGGUCUUCUUCAAGACUUAUCGCGAGACCCGUUCUUGGUUCCAUUUGAUCACCAACUUCAACCGAAUUUGGGUUAUCCACCUGGGAGCCUUCUGGUUUUUCACCGCAUACAAUGCCAAGGUUAUCUACACAAAGGACUACCAGCAACAAUUAAAUAAUCAACCGCCUGCUGCUUAUUCCUGGUCCGCCGUUGCGCUCGCUGGUACGGUUGUUUCGUUCAUUAACAUUCUAGCGACUCUCUUCGAGUGGGCCUAUGUCCCACGUAAGUGGGCUGGUGCCGAACACUUGACUAGACGCCUGAUGUUUCUUCUCCUGGUUUUUGUUAUCAAUAUUGCGCCUAGUGUGUACGUCUUCGGGGUGUCUAAGGAGGGCACAGACAUUGCCGCCAAAGUCCUCGGUAUAGUUCAAUUCUUCAUUGCUCUGGCCACCUUUUUCUUCUUUGCUGUCAUGCCACUAGGUGGCCUGUUUGGAAGCUAUAUGAAGAAGAACACUCGUACAUACGUUGCAAGCCAGACCUUCACAGCUAGCUUCCCGUCCCUCAGCGGUAAUGGCAUGUGGAUGUCCUACGGCAUGUGGGUUUGCGUUUUCGCCGCCAAAUUGGUGGAAUCUUACUUCUUCCUCACUCUGUCUCUCAAAGAUCCCAUCCGCAUUCUCAAACCAAUGAAGGUCGACCAUUGUCUGGGUGACGCUAUCAUCGGCGACACAUUGUGCCACUACCAGCCCCAAAUUCUUCUUGGACUGAUGUGCUUUACCGACGUUACCCUGUUCUUUUUGGAUAGCUAUCUGUGGUACAUCAUUCUGAACACAGUUUUCUCUGUGGCACGGUCUUUCUAUCUGGGUGUUUCUGUCUGGAGUCCUUGGCGUAACAUUUUCUCGCGGUUGCCCAAGCGUAUUUACUCCAAGGUUCUCGCUACAACCGACAUGGAAAUCAAGUACAAGCCGAAGGUCCUGAUCUCACAAGUUUGGAAUGCUGUUGUGAUAUCAAUGUAUCGUGAACAUCUUCUGGCCAUCGACCAUGUGCAGAAACUUCUCUACCACCAGGUGCCUUCUGAACAGGAGGGUAAGCGAACUUUGCGCGCCCCGACAUUCUUCGUCUCUCAAGAAGAUCAUUCGUUCCGUACCGAGUUUUUUCCCUCCCAGAGUGAAGCAGAACGCCGUAUCUCAUUUUUCGCACAAUCCCUUUCGACGCCUAUUCCGGAGCCGUUACCGGUGGACAACAUGCCAACCUUUACAGUCAUGAUCCCUCAUUACAGCGAGAAGAUCCUCCUCUCUUUGCGUGAAAUCAUUCGAGAGGAUGAGCCUUACUCCCGUGUUACGCUCCUGGAAUACUUGAAGCAGCUACACCCUCAUGAGUGGGAUUGCUUUGUCAAGGACACCAAAAUUCUUGCUGAUGAGACAUCUCAGUUCAACGGCGAGUAUGAAAAGUCGGAAAAGGACGCCGCCCGAAGCAAAAUUGACGAUCUUCCCUUCUACUGUAUUGGUUUUAAAUCUGCUGCUCCCGAGUAUACUCUCCGCACUCGUAUCUGGGCCUCUCUCCGCUGUCAAACCCUCUACCGUACAAUUUCUGGCUUCAUGAACUACAGCCGUGCCAUUAAGCUUUUGUAUCGUGUCGAGAACCCGGAAGUUGUUCAGAUGUUUGGUGGAAACUCCGAUAAAUUGGAACGAGAAUUGGAACGCAUGGCACGUCGAAAGUUCAAGAUCUGUGUCUCCAUGCAACGCUAUGCCAAGUUCAACAAGGAAGAACGUGAAAACACCGAGUUCCUUCUUCGUGCCUAUCCCGACCUUCAGAUCGCUUAUCUAGAUGAGGAGGAGCCUGUUAAUGAAGGAGAGGAACCAAGACUCUACUCUGCGCUUAUUGAUGGACAUUCUGAACUGUUAGAGAAUGGAUUCCGCAAACCAAAGUUCCGCAUUCAGCUUUCUGGCAACCCUAUUCUUGGUGAUGGAAAGUCCGAUAACCAAAACCAUGCAAUCAUCUUCUACCGUGGCGAGUAUAUUCAAUUGAUCGAUGCCAACCAGGAUAACUAUCUAGAGGAAUGUUUGAAAAUUCGCAGUGUUCUUGCUGAAUUCGAGGAAUUGACGACUGAAAACGUCUCUCCAUACACUCCUGGUAUUCCUUCGACAGCAACUGACCCUGUUGCCAUUCUUGGCGCUCGUGAAUACAUUUUCUCGGAAAAUAUUGGUAUCCUUGGUGAUGUUGCUGCUGGAAAGGAGCAAACAUUCGGAACUCUCUUCGCCCGGACACUCGCUGAAAUUGGCGGUAAACUCCACUAUGGUCAUCCUGAUUUCCUCAACGGCAUUUUCAUGACCACUCGUGGUGGUGUUUCCAAAGCCCAGAAAGGUUUACAUCUGAACGAGGAUAUCUAUGCUGGUAUGAACGCCAUGUUACGUGGUGGCAGGAUCAAACACUGCGAAUACUUUCAAUGUGGUAAAGGUCGUGAUCAGGGAUUCGGUUCUAUUCUUAACUUCACAACCAAGAUUGGCACUGGUAUGGGCGAACAGUUUUUGUCUCGUGAAUAUUAUUACCUUGGCACUCAACUCCCCCUUGAUCGUUUCUUGUCUUUCUAUUACGCCCACGGUGGUUUCCAUGUCAACAAUAUGUUUGUCAUGUUAUCUGUCAACAUGUUCAUGAUUGUUUGCAUCAAUCUUGGCGCCCUGCGACAUGAAUCGAUUAUCUGCCAUUACAACCCCAAUGUCCCCAUCACCGAUCCGUUGAUGCCCACUGGUUGUGUCGACCUCGUGCCUAUCACCAACUGGGUCAAUCGCUGUGUUUUGUCUAUUUUCAUCGUGUUCUUCAUUUCCUUCGUGCCUCUUGUUGUUCAAGAGUUGACGGAGCGCGGUGUUUGGCGUGCAGCUACCCGUCUCGCCAAACAAUUCGGAUCUCUCUCCUUUAUGUUUGAAGUCUUCGUGUGCCAGAUUUACGCCAACGCUGUUCAACAGGAUGUCUCAUACGGAGGUGCCAGGUACAUCGGUACCGGUCGUGGUUUUGCAACCGCUCGUAUACCAUUUGGAGUUCUUUAUUCACGUUUCGCCGGCCCCUCUAUUUACCUCGGCGCCCGGAAUUUGUUGAUGUUGCUUUUCGCUACAUCCACCAUGUGGGCCGCUUCUUUGAUCUGGUUCUGGGUUUCCUUGACUGCUCUAUGUGUCUCGCCUUUCCUGUUCAACCCACACCAAUUUUCAUGGAAUGACUUCUUCAUCGACUACCGUGAUUAUCUUCGAUGGCUAUCCCGUGGAAACUCGAGAUCGCACAACUCCUCAUGGAUCGCCUUCUGUCGCCUUUCUCGCACAAGAAUUACUGGCUACAAGCGCAAAGUUCUCGGUGUUCCGUCUGAGAAGCUCUCAGGUGAUGUCCCUCGUGCUCGGAUCACUAACAUCUUCUUCAGCGAGAUCCUUGGGCCCCUCGUCCUGGUAGCUGCCACCGGCAUUCCCUAUCUCUAUAUUAAUGCUCGAACCGGUGUCACUCAAGAUAACCCGAAAGCGACCAAUUCGCUCCUGCGUAUUGCUAUUGUCGCGUUUGCUCCGAUCGCUGUCAAUGCCGGUGUUGCCGGUGCAAUGUUUGGUAUGGCGUGCUGUAUGGGUCCUCUUUUCAGCAUGUGCUGCAAGAAGUUUGGAGCUGUUCUCGCCGCUAUUGCCCACGCUAUUGCUGUGAUCAUGCUGCUCGCCUUCUUCGAAGUCAUGUUCUUCUUGGAGGGCUGGGAUUGGCCUCGUUGCAUCUCGGGCAUGAUUGCCAUGGCUGCCAUCCAGCGAUUUGUCUACAAGCUCAUCAUCGCCACAGCAUUGACCAGGGAGUUCAAGAACGAUCAAUCCAAUAUCGCUUGGUGGACUGGGAAAUGGUACAACAUGGGUUGGCACUCUCUGUCCCAACCCGGUCGUGAAUUCCUAUGUAAGAUUACGGAGCUCGGUUAUUUUGCUGCAGACUUUGUCAUCGGCCAUCUCCUGCUUUUUGCCAUGCUUCCUGCACUUGCGGUACCGUAUAUUGACAAAUUCCACUCUGUCAUUCUGUUCUGGCUACGUCCUAGUCGGCAAAUUCGACCCCCUAUUUAUUCUUUGAAACAAUCGAAGCUUCGACGACGCCGUGUCAUCCGCUUUGCCAUUCUCUAUUUCGUCAUGCUUGUUAUCUUUAUUGUACUCAUCGCUGCGCCUUUGGUUGUUCGUAAACUCAACAUCGACCUGCCAUCAAUUCCAGACUCGCUCAUGCAACCUCUCGAUGCUGGCGAAAAACAUAACGAUACUCACACAUAUUACACCGGUAGUGGGCUACCUGCUGGCUUCGUCGCAUACUCAGGAAGUGGAAGCAGCAGCUCAAGCACUGCUGGUGCAAAGAUGAUGUUUAUGUUCUAG